CACGUCACCAACAUGCGUCAGUCAAAAUUGUAAACACUCCUCUUGCAGCAGCAGCAGCAGCAGCAGCUUCCUCAGUUGUAGUUUGUAGAGCUAGUUAUCAUGAUGUCCCAGCGUUUAAUAUAUCAAGCUCUAAAGGUUAAUAAUCGAAGUACAUAUCACAUUUUAUUAUAAAGUCUUUUUUGGUGCUUUACGAGAAGGGUGUAAAUUACUGCAUUAAAGCUAAUAUUAGCUUUCGAGCUAGUUUCGGAAAGCUAGCUAGGUAACACUAAACUCUCUGGGCUGCUUCUUUUCUGAAGAAGUGGACGCCGCCAUCACUUCGGCGCGGUUGUAUUUUGGAGUUUAAAGCUUUUCCCCUCUGUGUGCUGACAUGGUCCUUACUUUGGUGAGCCUUUGUGCCAAGGAGGUGGUGAGUGACCACAGCUCGUCGCCCUGCUGGCUCAGGUGGGUUCCCAGGGAGCUGUACAGAGCCCUGCUGGAGGCCGCCUUCAGCAGCUGCAGACCGCUGGCUGUGGGUGAGCUGGUGCAGAGAUGGCCUGAACGCACUCUGCGGGUCGGCAGGAGUAGGAAACAGGGACAAAGUGGGCCGAAUCGACUCUGCAUCCAGGCUCUGCUACUUGCAGUUGUAAGAGGACUUUCAGACCGAAGGUGUGCCCUACAAAUACUGGACCUCUGUGGACUCCAAGGAGAUGAAGGAGGGAUGGGAGACCCCAUGGGAGGGUGGUCUCUGACCGUAGCUCUCUGCACCAUGGUGGUUCAGGCCAGAGCAGGAGUACAGCGGGCGCAGAAGAGAGAAGGGGAGCGUGAGCGGAAAAGGUUUUCAGCCCUGGAGAGAGAAAAGGAUGUGAAAAGAGAGAGGGGGCUGCGAAAGAGGGAGCCUAAUGAAGAUGAGGUAGACAGGAAAAACCUGUGGGGAGACAACAGAGAAGAGAUGGGAUCAUGUGGGACUGUGAGUGAAGAGGAUGUGACCAAAGGAGUGAGAAGAAGGAUGGAGAUAAAGAGGAGAGGAGUUGGGGAACCGUCAGGAGGAGGUAGUAAGAUGGAGACAGAAGAGAAAGAAGUACAUAAUGAUGUACUGGUGCAUGUGAGAGCUGAUCUCUUUGUAAACGCCCGCUCUUGGGAGCGUGUUCGUGCAGCCCUCAGCACACUGGGACCCCUGAAACUUCAGUGCAGAUACCUACGUGUAGAAGAGAUUUCGGUGUCUAGUAUCAGGACUUUGCUGGACCUCCUGCCUCGUCAGGGUCUCCUUGGCAUUGAUGUUCGCUACAGCAGCCUUGGGUUGACUGGUUUGGUCGAGCUGCUGCCUCUGCUCUCCACCUUCGAAACUCUGAAGUCUCUCCGCCUGCACUACUGUAACUUAGACUUUCGCAGAGACCACCCUGGUCAGGAAGAGGCCUUGAGAGACUUGUCUCAGGGUCUGGCAAAGCUCAAAGAACUGCGGCGCCUCAGCCUCACUGCCCUGCGACUGCCAGGACAGCUGCGAGUGUUGCUCAGUUCUCUGCCUCAGCCUCUGGAGAUACUAGAGCUGCCAUAUUUGAGCCUGAGCCCAUCAGACCAUGCCUAUCUGUCCUGUAGCCAUCAUGCUUCCACGCUGCAGCAGCUUGAUCUAAGUGAGAACUGUCUAGAUGAAAGCACCCUGCCCUCCAUCCGUCGCCUCCUCUCCCAGGCCUCCAGCAGCCUUCAGCACCUCUCUCUCAGUGGCUGCGGUCUCACCGACAGCCUGCUGGCACUGCUGCUGCCCUCACUGGGAGGCUGCUUGGCCCUCAAGAGCUUAGCUUUGGCUCUUAACCCGCUCUCCAUGGCCGGCCUCAUGGACCUGGUGAGAAUGGCUGUGAGAAUGUCCUCUCUGCGACACUUACUGUACCCAAAUCCCCUGGAGGACUACCAGCCGGGCCUCCCUGACCUGCCCUCCAGCGCGCAGCUUUUAGAUUGGCCGCUGGAUGACGCCACAGAGAUCAACAUGACCAGCAGCCAGCUCAACAGAGUGCUGAAAGAGAGCGGACGCUCUGGCCUCUUUCUGACCUGCGACCUGCUCAAUUAUGAUAAAGACUUGGUGGACUAGAGCUGAUGUGAAGGAGAGGACACGGGUGCAUGUCUAGUUGCUCACCGACACAUGCAAGAGAAAUGUCUUUGACAAUCUAAUUGUCACCAUUUUAAUUGUGUUGAAUCUGUUAUCUGUCGUACGUGGAUUUAUGAAUCAUUCAUUUAUGCUUUCUACUUCAAAAAAAAAAACAACUACAAGAACGCAGCCUCUGAUACAUGAAGACCUCAAUUUAGGCUGUACUGUACCAGAGUGCAUCAAUGAAAUAAUAAGACAGAUUAGAGGAUAAUUAAAAAUUGAAGUGCCUGCUUAUGGCAGAGCUAGAAAUACAGUGUAGGAUUACAUUCAAUAACCUCUUCUCCUUGUGGGGAAAAGUAGUCCGCCAUGCUUUAAUAAAAAGGUGCUCUUUAACUUUAAAACAUUAACUGUUCACAGCAGGCUGCUUUUACAUUCAACAUUUCUUCUUUUCUUUUUUUAAAGUUAUAUUUUUGGGCCUUUUUACCUUUUUUUUCAUAGGGCAGCUGAAGAGAGACAGGACAUGUGGGGAGUAGAGAGUGGGGGAAGACAUGCAGGAAAUGGUCGACCGGCCGGGAAUCGAGCCGGCGACCCCUGCGAUGAGGACUGAAGCCUUUGUACAUGGGGCGCUUAAACCGCUAGGCCACCAGCACCCCUGCAUUAAACAUUUCUGCUUUAUUAUAUCUGAGACACAAAGAUUACAGGCUGUCUACCCUUGUGCCUUUACAUCUCUCACUAGAAUUUACAUGGAGCUUAUUAAACACAAGAUCUGAUCAGCUAUUUCAUGUGUAAACUUCGCAUCAACAACCAAAAUUUCAAGUGUUACAGCAGUUAUCUUUUCUAAUCUGUGAUUGCUAAAUGCUACCGUUUCUUUCUUUAAGUAGGAAAUAAACGCAACAAAUAUAUAUCAAGAUUUUUUCUUACUAAAUUGUAAUGUUUAUUGUGAUUUAUUCCAUGUCUAAUGUACUUUUUUUGGUGCAUAUCUGUUACAAAUGUCUUAAAAAAUGUUUGGAUUAUGUUUUUUCUAUACAUUCAACAUUGUUUGAUGUCAAAAGAUUCUCACCAUCAUCAGGAAAUGCGUGUACCAAAUCACCUUUGUGCCAUACAAAAUCAUUUACAUGAAGCCACAGAAUAAAUCUGUCCUAAAGCAAAGA